UUUUUUUUUUUUUUUUUUUUUCUUUUCUCCGGAGAGGACCUUUCGGGGAACAGCUGCAGCAGCCGCGGCCACGCCGGGACCGAGCAGGGAGGAUGGCCGGGGGGCUUCUCCCGGGGCUGCUUUUCGUCUUGCACGCCGCGGCUCGGCUGGCCGCCGAGCAAGAAGUUGAAAACCUCUCCGGGCUCUCCCCUAACCCCGAGAAGGACAUCUUCGUGGUUCGGGAAAACCGGACGACGUGUCUCAUGGCCGAAUUCGCCGCCAAGUUCAUCGUCCCCUACGACGUGUGGGCCAGCAAUUAUGUGGAUCUGAUCACGGAGCAAGCCGAUAUCCCGCUGUCGCGGGGCGCCGAGAUGAAGGGCAAGUGCGGCACGAACGAGUCGGAGCUGGAGCUCUCCUGGCUGGACCAAGCGUACACCCUCAAACUCUCCUUCCUGAAGGAGGGGCACAACACGUCCCGGGGGCCGGAGGCGUCCUGGAGGCUCAGCCGGAUCCAGUUCACCUACGACAGCUCCGAGCGCACCUAUUUCAAGGAUGCCGUCAGCCCCGGGAAGUACACGGCCAGCUCGCACCGCCUCUCGGCCCUGGUGACCCCCGCCGGGCGCUCCUACGAGUGCCAGGCGCAGCAGACCAUCUCCCUCGUCUCCACCGACCACCAGAAAUCUGUGCAGCUCCUGCUGUCCGAGGUGCGGCUCCAGCCCUUCGACAUCCCGGCGGAUUUUGUCUUCAGUGAAGAACACAAGUGCCCGGUGGACCAGAGGGAGCAGCUGGAAGAAACCCUGCCCCUGAUCCUGGGGCUGAUCCUGGGGCUGGUUAUCGUGGUCACGCUCGGCAUUUACCACAUCCACCACAAGCUGACGGCCAGCCAGGUGCAGAUCCCUCGGGACAGAUCUCAGUACAAACACAUGGGAUAGGGAGCAGCACUGAGCAACCCGGGCAUUGAUCAGGUAGAAAAAGCAAAAGCACUUCUUUCUGUGGGCGAGGAAAGGUUCUGGGGGGGUGAGGGAUGGUAUUCACAGCACCUAAUCCUGAGUAUUUCAUGGAGACACUCAGGCUAAGGCUGGCUUUAACACAGACUCUGUAAGGAGACUCAGUGUCUGUAGGUGGUUUGAAUACCUUCUUUAAGCAGCUGGGCUGAUCACCUGGAAAUAGAAAUGCUUCACAUGUCAGAGUUUCACACUGGGAGCACAAUUAGCUUUGUUGUUUUAUUAUUUUUUUCCCGUUUUUCCCAUCUCGAGAUUCUUACCUCCCCCUGCAUCACCUUUAGAGGGUUCAGCCCUCCACAUUCCUGUCCAUGCAGGAAGCAGGGCUGGGAGACAGAGCCGUUGCACAGGGUUCAUUCAGGCCCUCUAAUGAAGGGACUCAAAGCACAUCCCUAAGUUUGCACUCAUGUUAAGAAAAGCAUUGAUGCAAAUGCAGGUGUGCUUAAGGGGAAAAAAAAUUAAAAAUUCAAGGUCAGUUACUCCAGUGGAGCACAUCACAGCUGACCCCACACUUGAGAUUGAGUGAAGAAAAUUUGUUUUUGCUUCUUGAGCCACAUCUGAACUAAACUUAGGAAAAAAAAAGUAAAAAAAAAAAGAAAAAAGUAUUGAUACACAAAUUAUAAAGUGCCGUGCUACUGCAAGUCAACUGAGAAAUGCUUCUGGCUGGGCAUCCUGCACGUAUUGUGAUUGUGAUUGAGAUGUUACAUUGCUACCUGCAACUGAUAUUUUUCACACCAAAAAAAAAAGAUAAAAAGAAAACAGUAAUGUUAAAGUUACUAUGCAGAUUAUUCAGGUAUAAUCUAAUGUAACAGAAAAAACCAUAAAGGAACCCUUGAAAUCUAUCUUUAAAUGUAGACAAUUUUUAAAAUUAAUUAAAACAUGUACAUAUAUAAUGCUUGAUUUGCCUUCUUAAUGUGAAAUGAUGUAAUGCUUUGUACCCACUCCAUGAUAGCGAUGGAAUUGGAACACAAAUACAUGAUCUGGGUGGAUGUCACACAUAGGAUUUAUUCCAGCAGUGGUUUGGCUGCAAAUGGCUUGGUGAAGACGUGGUGGUGGUUCAGUAUUCUGUGAUUUGUUGGUUGUCCCCAAUAUUCUUCUAUCCCUUGGUUGUUUCUCCUGUGCUGUGUGGGCAGGGAUGUGUUUUAUUCCAGUACCGCCCAGUUCCCGCUGAAUCCUUUGACUCCCCUUGGCUCCAGUGUCACCUCAGCAGGAGUUAGUCCAGGCCUUGUGCCAAUUUAAGGCAUGGGAAACACUUCCUUCUUCUUAAACUGCUUUAAUUCAAACAGAAGCUCGUUUGUUCUUUCACCUUAAAACUCAAAGAAAAGCAGUCAUUUCAAUGUUGGAAAAAGGCAAGAGAAGAAACUUAACUGUUCUUUAAUGCUGUGGUCUCCUCUGAAAUUUAUGGGUUUUUUGAUGAAGGUGGAUGCAGCAUAAGCCUUCCUGUAGUCCUGCCUUAUUUCUGGUCUCAUUUCUAUGCUAUGCUCAUCUUUCUGUUUUCUCAUUUGGAUGCAAAAGGC